AAAUAGAUAUUUUACAGAGCACAAUCGAAGCGGCGAACCCUCACAAUCUUCAUUUGUAAGCAUUUUCCGUCGGUAAUCGAAACCUAGAGAGAGAGAGAGAGAGGAAAAGGAGAAGAGAGAGAAAUGCCUGGAUUGACGUGCAACGCGUGCAACACUGAAUUUCUGGAUGAUGUUGAUCAGAAACUCCAUUACAAAUCCGAAUGGCACCGUUACAACCUCAAACGCAAGGUUGCAGGUGUUCCUGGAGUGACUGAAACACUCUUCAUAGCCAGACAAUCUGCCAUUGCAGAAGAGAGAGGGAAUUUAAACGUAACUCCCAUGAUGUAUAGCUGUGGCUUUUGUGGCAAGGGUUACAGAAGCUCUAAAGCCCACGCACAGCACCUACAGUCUAAAUCUCACUUGAUAACAGUCUCCGAAGCGACAGGUGGCAAAGACGAAGGGAGCACAAUAAUCAAACCUCUUCGCCGUGUGGCAAAACAGCCUCCCAAACACAUGGUCGAAGAAGACGAAGACUCCGAAGACAGUGAAUGGGAAGAGGUUGAUCCUGAAGAAGACUUGAUCAGUGAAAACGGUGAUGCUUUGGGAAAGCUUAAUCUGAAUAAGAAUUCUUCUGAUGCUGACAUGGAUGAAGAUGACGAGGACAAUUUUGAAGAUUUGGAUCCAUCUUGCUGCUUUAUGUGUGAUAUGGAGCAUGGUACUUUAGAGAGCUGUAUGGUGCACAUGCACAAGUACCAUGGAUUCUUUAUUCCUGAUAUCGAGUAUCUGAAGGAUCCUAAAGGUCUUCUUACUUAUCUCAGCCUCAAGGUUAAAAGGGAUUUCAUGUGUUUGUACUGCAACGAGAGAACUCAUCCUUUCAACAGUCUGGAGGCAGUUCGAAAGCACAUGGAGGCAAAAAGUCACUGCAAAGUACACUAUGGUGAUGGAAGUGAAGAUGAGGAAGCUGAGCUAGAAGAUUUUUAUGACUACAGCAGCAGUUAUGCGGAUGUGAAUGGGAAGCAACUCGUUGCAGCUGAUGACAUCCAGAAUGGUAUUGAACUUGGUAGUGGUGGCUCGGAACUAAUUAUAACCAGAAGAGAAGAUGAUGGUGCAGUAUUGACCAAAAUGCUUGGAUCGAGGGAAUAUUUGAGAUACUAUCGCCAGAAACCUCGCCCCACUCCUGCAAAUAGUGCCUUAACUAACGCAUUAGCUGCAAGGUACAAGACCAUGGGACUAGCAACUGUGCAGUCAAGAGAACAUGUAGUAAGGAUGAAAGUAAUGAAGGCGAUGAACAGGUCAGGUGUUGACAUCAUGCGCUCUAAAAUGGGUAUGAAGAGUAACGUCAUUCGCAAUCUUCCUAAAAACAUUCCGUAUUAGUCCCAAUUUUUCGUGUUUUUUUUUUGUUCUUCUGAUGAACUUCAAAUGUAUUUGGAAGUUGUGCUGUAUUAGUACAAUGUUUUUGUAUCUCCCGGCUUUUGAACUGCUCAACCUAUAGACUGGUUUUCUAUGUCAUGACUAUCAAAUUUUAUCUGUUUCAAAUUUUA